AUGAGGCACCCAACAAAUACUCCUUUUUCAAGCACAAGCUUCAUAGUUGUGUUGGUUUUCGGCAUGGCCAUCGAUGUUUGCCUCUGUUUUCCUGGCAUUCCAUCUUCUCUCAUGGCACUGCCUGUUCUGGGAUAUUUUAGUUUCGAUGGAAAUGAAUUUGCCGCAAAAGACUUUGGAAACCAGUUCCAUUACCUCCCUUCUGCAGUUCUGCACCCAAAGAAGGUAUCUGAUAUAGCUGAAACUAUCAAGCAUGUUUGGCAAAUGGGCCCUGCUUCAACUCUGACGGUUGCUGCCAGAGGCCAUGGCCACUCGCUCCAAGGACAAGCCCAAGCACCACAAGGAAUUGUGAUUAACAUGGAAUCACUCAGUGGGCAAGAAAUGCAGGUCCACAAUGGGAAAUUACCUUAUGUUGAUGUCUCUGCUGGAGAGCUGUGGAUCAACAUCUUGCAAGAGUGCUUGAAAUAUGGUUUAGCACCGAAAUCUUGGACGGAUUACUUGCAUCUAACAGUUGGAGGUACUUUAUCCAAUGCAGGAAUUAGCGGGCAGGCUUUUCGACAUGGCCCUCAAAUCAGUAAUGUCCACCAGCUCGAGGUUGUCACAGGAAAAGGAGAGGUAGUGAUUUGUUCAGAGGAGAAGAAUGCUGACCUUUUCCAUGGCGUCCUAGGUGGACUUGGCCAGUUUGGAAUAAUAACUCGAGCAAGAAUCUCUCUAGAGCCAGCACCAAAGAUGGUAAAAUGGAUCAGAGUGCUGUAUUCAGAUUUCUCCAUAUUUGCAAGAGACCAAGAACAUUUAAUAUCUGCACAGAACACCUUCGAUUAUAUUGAAGGCCUUGUGAUUGUGAACAAGACGGGGCUUGUCAACAACUGGAGAUCAUCUUUCAACCCAGAAGACCCUGAACAAGCAAGUCAUUUCAUAUCAGAUGGAAAGACACUAUUUUGUCUGGAAUUAACAAAGAAUUUUAAUCCUGAUGAGGCUGCUAAUGUGGAUAAGGAAAUCAAAACCUUAUUAUCUCAAUUAAACUACAUACCCUCAACACUGUUUAUUACAGAAGUCACAUAUUUAGAAUUCUUGGACAGGGUCCAUGCAGCAGAACUAAAACUAAGGACUAAAGGACUAUGGGAACUUCCACACCCAUGGCUUAAUCUACUUGUACCCAAAAGCAAUAUACUCAGCUUUACUGAAGGUGUUUUUGGCAGCAUUCUAACAGACACAAAUAAUGGUCCAGUCCUUGUCUAUCCAGUGAACAAAUCAAAGUGGGACAACAGAACUUCAUUCGUAACACCAGAUGAAGACAUCUUCUACCUGGUGGCAUUCCUUCCACAUGCAGUCCCCUCGUCCGCAGAAAAUAAUGGCUUACAAUAUUUGAUUAGUCUAAACAAUAGAAUUCUAAAUUUUUGUGAGGAGGCCCACUUAGGAGUUAAGCAAUAUCUUCCUCACUAUACCACACAAGACGAAUGGAAGAGCCAUUUUGGUCCACGGUGGGAAGUCUUUGUACAGAGGAAAUCAGCUUAUGACCCUCUAGCAAUACUUGCACCAGGGCAGAGGAUUUUCCAAAAGGCCAUAUCAAUUUUGUGACAAGCAUAUAGAUAAAAUGACUAUAGUGCUCAA